UUUGUCAACCCGUAACAAAAUCGAGAAUGAGGAAACCAUUAAUUUAUAACGCAGAAAGGAAAUAAGCACUAUAUUGAGCUACCGUUAAUAUCCUCGGUGUCAAUGGAGUGAUAUUAGAGUGAAAGAGAGGAAAGAUAUGCUAUGUUACAAAGUGAGAGAAAGAGAGAGAGAGAGAGAAAGAGAGAGAGAGUGGCAGGCAGGCAGGAGGCCGAGGACACUCUUGGCCACUGCUAGACUAUGAACUUUAGUGUGGUAAGCAGGUGGGUGAGUCGUAUCAGCAAACAGCAGUUCCAGAGAGUGAUGGCGUCAGGCAGCGAGAAGGAAGGGGCCUCGGUGAACACUGCCGCUGCGCCCCUCAACCGUCUUGCCUCAGAGAAGUCCCCAUACCUCCUGCAGCAUGCGUCUAACCCUGUGGAUUGGUACCCAUGGGGCGAGGAGGCGUUUGAGGUGGCGAGGAAGGAGAACCGCCUAAUUUUCCUCAGUGUCGGGUACUCCACGUGCCACUGGUGUCACGUCAUGGAGAGAGAGAGCUUCCAGAACCCAGACAUUGCACGCAUCAUGAACACAAAUUUCGUAAACGUGAAGGUGGACCGUGAGGAGAGACCUGACGUGGAUAAAGUGUACAUGACCUUCGUGACGUCCCUCAGUGGUGGUGGUGGAUGGCCGAUGAGUGUGUGGUUAACGCCAGAACUCAAGCCGAUCUACGGAGGAACUUAUUACCCACCAAACAACCGAUAUUUUGGACGUCCCAGCUUCCCUCAGCUCCUUGUGUCCAUUGCCUCUCAGUGGCAGGAGGAUCAAGAUAAGUUUAAGGAGUCCGGUGGCAAGAUUAUGGAGGUGCUGGACAGGACAUCCCGCCUCCCUGCCCCUGGAACUGAGGAUAUGCCAGGAGAGGAACCGAUAUCAAGGUGCUUGGCUCAGCUUACCAGGGCCUAUGAGAGUGAGUAUGGGGGCUUCAGUGAGGCUCCAAAGUUUCCUCAGCCUUCAAACUUCAACUUCCUCUUCACCUACUAUGCAUUGAACCCCCACCUGGAGGAUGCUCAGCAAGGACUCUCGAUGGCCCUGCACACCUUAUCCAUGAUGGCCCGCGGCGGUAUACAUGACCACGUGGCGCAGGGUUUUGCCAGGUACUCUACUGACCAGCGCUGGCACGUCCCUCACUUUGAGAAGAUGCUGUAUGACCAGGCACAGCUCACCCACUCCUUCCUUGACGCUUUCAUUGUCUCCGGUCAGCCCAGGCAUGCUGAUGUGGCGAGGGACAUCCUGGGUUAUGUCAUGCGGGAUCUUAGCCAUCCGAGUGGUGGCUUCUACAGUGCCGAGGACGCAGACUCCCUGCCGACACCUGAGGCCAAAGAGAAGAGGGAGGGUGCCUUCUGUGUGUGGACGUGGGAUGAAGUGAACAGUCUGCUGGGGUCACCGGUAAAUGACAGCCACACCACCACGCUGGCUGAGGUGUUCUGCCACCAUUACUCUGUGGUGGACGGUGGCAAUGUGGAUCCCUACCAGGACCCACACGACGAGCUGAAGAAUCAAAAUGUACUGAUGGAACACUGCACGGUGGAGGAGACAGGCCAGGAGUUCUGUCUGGAGGAGGCGGAGUGUGCUGAGGCGCUGGCCAGGGCAAGGCAGAUCCUGUACGAGGCACGAGCCAAGCGACCGAGGCCACACUUAGACGACAAGAUGCUUACUGCUUGGAAUGGCAUGAUGAUCACAGCCAUGGCAAGAGCUGGGGCCGUGCUGGGAGAGGAGAAGUACACACAGAGAGCACUGGAGGCAGGAAAUUUCAUCAAGACGCAGCUGUACAAGGACGGCAAGCUUCUAAGGGCUGCCUAUGCCUCCCAGGACAGUGGUGUCUCCUUAGGCUCGGAGAUAGAAGGCUUUGUGGAUGACUAUGCGUGGAUGGUGCGGGCGUGUCUGACCUUGUACGAGGCAACACUGGACACAUCCUGGGUGGUGCUGGCAGAGGAGCUGCAGGAUCGCCAGGACACUCUCUUCUGGGACCCUGACGGCACUGGCUACUACCUCAACCGGCCCGGGGACUCCUCCAUACUUCUGCGCAUCAAGGAAGACCAAGACGGCGCAGAACCCUCGGCAAACUCAGUGUCAGCCAGCAACUUGGUGCAUCUCAGUCCAUUGUUGGGCCGGACUGACAUGCUGACUAAGGCUGAGGCAAUCUUUAAGCUGUUUGCUGAUCGCCUCAACAAAAUUCCUCUCGCUCUGCCUGAGAUGACGACAGCUCUUCUUGUUCACCGUCAUCCCCCUACGCAGAUCAUCCUAGCAGGCAAACGCAGCACUCCUUCACUAAACAAGAUGCUGGAGGUGAUACAUAGUGAGCUUAUACCAAACAAGGUCCUUCUGCUGGCUGACGAAACAUCCCCUGGAGAGUCGAUCCUGUAUUCUCGCCACUCAUCCCUCACCAAGUACCACCCUAAGAACCCUGAGGAGUGCUUGGUGUACGUGUGUCAGAAUUUCCGCUGCUGCCUGCCUGUAAGUAAGCCAGACCAGCUGAGAGAUACACUAAAGAGCCCAGUGUCUAAUCAGUGAAUUUCUUUUUCAAAGGUUGAUUUCUCAGUAUGACUUUUUUUCUCUCUUGUACACUCUCGGCAUCUCUCCGUCCUGUCCUUGUUUCCCUGUCAUGUUUGUCUUCCUUGAGUGUGUUUGCUUCGUUGUGCUGGUAAAGACUGGCUUGUGAAGUGUGGUGCUGUUUCUCUAUCUCUUUCUGUCUCUCUCUCUUUCUCUAUGUCUCUCUGUUGCCCUAUCUAUCUAUCUUCUCUAUAUCUUCACUUCAUUAUGUCUGAUAUACUUACCAUGUUUUUUUUUUCAAUGCAUUACUAUUGUAUUUCUCAUUUCUCUGAUCUUUAUUCUGUUUUUUCAUUGAUGUCGUUAUUUUUCUCCCUUUGUUUUCUUCUCCAUUUACUUAUCAUAGUUUGUCUUCCUCUAUAUCUUUAUUCCAUCAUGUUUUUUCAAUGUGUUACUAUCUUAUUUCUCAGUUCUCUAACCUUUAUUCUAUCUUUUCAUUGAUGUCCUUAUUUUUUCUCCCUUUUUUUUGUUUUUUCCAUGUCCUCAUUGCAGUUUGUCGUAAAAUUCCUCUUUUUUUCUCAAGAUCCUCCCUCUGUUGGUCUAUUUUGGGAUCUGCAGUGUAGAUUUGAUAGACACUCACUCCUGCACCUCCUUGUAUUGUAUCAUGCUUCCAUCACUGACACCAAAAUACACCUGCUCUUCUGUUAUUAUUAUUAUUAUUAUUAUUAUUAUUAUUAUUAUUAUUAUUGUUGAUGUUGUUGUUUUGUGUAUUUCAGUCACCGAGUUGGAUGUGUUUAUAUUACUAUUAUUAUUAUCAUUUAUUGCGUUUAUUUUUUAGGUGUACAGUUUGUUUAAGUGAAUUUUUACGUGCUCAGAAUAUAAUUUUUUUAUUUGUAUAUUUGUGUGAUUACGAAUGCUUUAAUCUUUUUUCUGUUUCAUUUUGUAUAUACUGAUGGUUUUAUUUUUUAUCUUAUUUUUGUAUAGUUUCUUUUUCUAUUUUUCCUUUUUUUUCUUUCUAUUUUAGCUCUGAUUUUAUGGAUAAUUCAAACUUUCACUCUCUUUUUAAAUCAUAAUUUUACACAUAAUUCUUUUUCCAACUUUUUCUGUUUAUUCCAUUCUGAUUUUAUGGGUAACUUAAACUUUUCACCCUCUCAUUAUAAUUUCACGUGGAUUUCACGGAUUCUCACCUAUUUACCCGUGUCUCACUAAUCCAAUUCUCUGGUUACUUCUUGGAUUAGCAGCAGUACAGCGUAACGUAAUAUUUUAACAAUCAUUUUAAGUAACCUCUCCUUUCAUUAAGUCUCUAGUAACUUCUCAGGUAUAGCUUGUGAUGUUUCAUUAGUUCAAGCAUUCCCAUACACAAGGAAGGAAGGAUUGGUUCACUCUCUAUCAAAGUAAUGUAUGUACAUCUUAGUCUGUAUAGUAGUGGAUUUUUUUUAUAGCAGUUGAAAUCAUGUGUUGUUUGACUAAUCUAUCCAUGUGUGUGUUAGUUAACCAUUAGUUUUGGCUAUACAACAUGUAAUGCUAGUUUUUCCUUCAUGUCUGGUCUAAGUAACUCACUCUACUUGUAGUUAAAAGCCUUAUGAUGAUGUGUAUUUCUGACGAUGUACUUCACUCACUGACACCCCUCGGAAAAAAAAACCAGUGAGGGAGCAAAGUGUUUAACGAUACCGACCGUAGUGACUCGUAUCUCGUGCCAAUAUUUCAAGCAUUUCUUGCUCUUACGUAGUGACUGUGGUGCCCUUGUUGUGUAGUGCAGCGAUGGGGCUCUGGCUCAAACGUGGCUCUCUGCCUUCACCUCGUGCAUAUCAGACAGACAAACAGGAGUGGUGUGUGUGUUCUAAUGCGCUUCACUGGUUUCCAAGCGAGGGUAGUUGGAAUUUUUUUCUUGUUUUUUUUUUUAUAUGAGUUUUUGAAGCAAGGAUGUGUUUAGGUGUGUUUCUAAGUGAAGGCGUGUGUUUGGGUAUGUUUUUUGGUGAAUUUGAGUGAUUUUCCAAGCAAGAAUGAGUGUUUGGAAGUGUUUUUCAUUGAGAUGAGUAAUUUUUCAAGCAAGGGUGUGUGUUUGGAAGAUUUUUUUUGAGUUAAAGUAAUUUUUCAGAUGAGGAUGUGUGUUUGGAAGUGUUCUUUUGAUAUGAUAAGCCAUUUUCCAAGUGAGACUUUGCGUUUAGAAGUGUUUCAUCGUAUAAAGACAGAUUUUCCAAGCAAGGAUGUGUCUGAAAGUCUGUUUUUCUUCACUUUUCAAACAAGACAGCAUUUGAAAGGUGUUUUGUUUUUCGUAUCAGUUAUUUUCGAAGCAAAGGAUACUCUUGCUGAUGUUUCUUGUCAAAUACACACCACUUUCCAAACAUAGAGUGGCUUACGGGAGAGAAAACAACGCAGGAAUUUAGCUCAGUGUAAAUACGCGUAGGAAACCGCCUGACAAAUGUGAGUGUUUACGUUUGGAAAUAUGUGCUACAUUUUAUUGACUUGCUCUAUCGUCCAAACAUGUCCUGGCAUUUGAGAGACAGACCAGUGCAGGAAUUUAGCUCAACGUAAAUAAAUUCUGGGCAUUGAUAACAUUAAUGUGAGUGUUUACGUUCGGAAAUCUGAGUACAUGGCUUGGGAUGUCGAUUGUGGGAUUCACGUGACUCGUAAAUUUGGGACCAUACGCUAGUCUGCAGUAGAGAUAUGUAGCUUACUCUAUUUUGAAAAGCUUGUUUGUAUUAAAGAGCUUGUCUGUGUCUGCCAUAAGUCGUCAUGUCUUGUUAGGGAAAUUGAGAAUGGUAAAUAAGGUUAUGAUUAAUGGGGAAAGGAAAAGACAGAAAAAUUAACUGGGUGAGACUUGUGAACUAAUUAAUCAUGCAAGGAAAAUUAGGAAAAAAAUUAUACGGAAAAAAAAUACAAAAUUGAGACACGUUAUGCACACAUUCUUACAUAAACCAUAGAAGGAAAAUAAGAAGAUUAAACAAAACAGUAAUUAAUAUGAAAAAAAAUAUCAAGAAAACACACAUGAAUGAAAAACAUACAUACACACAUUCUUUGAUAAACCACAUAAGGAGAAAAUUAAACCAAACAGUGAUUAAUAUAAAAAAACAACAAGAAAAAAACACAUACAAAUGAAAAAAAGAAAAAUUAUGCUCAUUCUCAGAUUAAAAAAUAAGUAAAUAAAUAAAAUAACCCAAAAAAACAAACAAAACACACACACAAACAGCAAAGAUAAACACGUACAAUUAGCUUAAGAAAUUAGUCAUAUAAUACUUUACAAGAAUUCAGGACACUAUAACUUCUUGCGGUGAAUAUAAGUUACGUUUACCAGUUAGCGAGAGGUGUUGAGAGGCUUGGUGUAAUAGUGGUGGUGUUUGAGGGGGUUUCUUCCAUUCAGAGGCUUGAUACGAUAAGGUUUUCAGUCUACCUAAUAGUGAAGGGUUAAGAUACAUGCAGGGAUGUGUAGGUUAUUGUUUUGUGUUUCUAUUGAAUGUUUAUUAAUUGUUUUUCCUUUUUUUUUCUUUCCUUUUUAAGUGUUUGUAGUUAGGUUAGGUUAAGAUUGUUUUUCUUGGCAUAUUCCUUUCUUCCUUUCUUUUUCUGUAUUUUAAAUGUUUUCUUUGUCUAUCCUCUCCUUCUUUCCUUUGUUUGUUUCUCAUUUUCUUUCCUUCCUCUGUUUAUAAUUGAAAGUUUUGGAUUAUGUGAGGUUAUGAUAAAAAUGAAAGUCAAAUUGUCUGUUUUUUAAGUAUUUUCUUUCUUUCCUUUUGUUUCUUCAUUUAUCCUUUUCUUUGUACUUCUCUUUCCUUCCUUCUUUCUUUCCCAGCUAAGAUAUAGAAAGUGAUGGUGAGAUUAUUAGCUCCUUCUCCUCCUCCUUCCUUCCUUCCUGCCUUCCUUCCUAACCAUAAGAUAUAAAAAGAUGUUGAGAUUAAUCCUUCUUCUCUCUUCUUCCUUCCUUCCUUCCUUCCUUCCUUCCUUCCUGCCUUCCUUCUUAACCAUAAGAUAUAAAAAGAUGUUGAGAUUAAUCCUUCUUCUCUCUUCUUCGUUCCUUCCUUCCUUCCUUCCUAAUCAUAAGAUAUAAAAAGAUGUUGAGAUUAAUCCUUCUUCUCUCUUCUUCCUUCCUUCCUUCCUUUCUUGCUUCAGUUCACAGUCUUAAAAAUGGCGGCCAAAAUAGGUGUGAUUUUACGAAAAAAGGGAUAAAAAGAUACCUAUUUUUGUAUGGUGUUUCUCGGCUCCCAGUUUUAAGUGAGCGAUGUUUGAGUGGAAAUAAUAAUGGGUCAUAUCUUUAAGACAAUUUGUAUGUUGGAUAAGGAAGGUUAGGAUAAGUUUUCUACUAAUUGUGGGUAAAGUAAAGAUUAAUUGUAAUGUAGAAGGUUAAUGAACAACUAAACAUUUUUUUUUUCGGUGUAUAUUUUAAGUCUCGUGUUGUAUGGCUCAUAAUAGACAAAUUCAGAAGUGAUUGACCUUUCCCUUAAGUUGUCAGGCAAAGAAAAUGAGUCUUGAGAGAUUUUGAAGCAGAUAAUUUGGUCCCUGUUUAAAUUCUCAAAUGUAGAAAGCAACUUUGAUGGAUUGAGAAGCAGAAAAUCUUGUUCUUUUUAAAUUCUCAGAUGUAAAAAAAAAAGCAAGUCUGACAGAUUGAGAAGUAAAUAAUUUUGUCUCCUGAAAUUCCCAAGCAAAGAAAAUGGGCCUCGAGAAAUUGAGAAAAUAACUUUGUCUCUUGAAAUUUCCAAGCAAAGAAAAUGGACCUUGAGAGAUUGAGAAGAUAAUUUUCUCUCCUGAAACUUACAAUAAAUAAAUAAAUAAAUAAAUAAAAUAAAUAAAUAAAUAAUGAGUCGAGAGAUUGAGAAAAUAGUUUUGUCUCUCGUUAAAUUUUCAAGUGUAGAAAACUAUCUUACGUAUUUGUGUGGAAAAGAUGUCUUAUUUUUAUUCCAUCAAGAAUGGGUAGAAAAAAUAAAGAAAAUGUUUUGCAAAAGGAAAGAAAUUAAUGUAGCAAUAUGUCUUCUCAAUACCAUGUUUGUUUGUUUCUUGGAAGAGGUAUUUAGUCAUCUUAUUAAGGGCAGGUGGGAAAACAUAACACACCAAUAAAAAAAAAAAAAAAAACGAGAGAAAAACCUGGAAACGAGAGGAAAACACCUGAAAUUAUUAAUAUUAUAAGACCCACGUGACAUAACAAGAUUUAUCACUCAUCAUUAUCCAAACAACGUAAGACUCGCGAACGUGACAGAAUGACGGAUCAGAUCACAAUCACGUCUGCUAUGCACUUGGAUGUCUCUAUUUCACUCAGUCCAUACAGUAUUGCACUAGAUUAGCAGCUGCAGGUGUUGUAUGUAUGCCCUGUAUAUUUCAGUCUCCCCUAGUUUCUCGACGUUGACAGGUACAGUUUUGCAUCUUUCCCUUCCUGUACUGUGUUUAGUGAGUCUUGUUGUGGAUGCGCAGCUAAGUUUAGGUAAUGUUUUGGCAGCCUUUCGUUUCUCGGCCUUUUGUGUGUCGUCAUCACAGCAGUGCGGGUGAAGCCGGAUUUAUGAAUGGUGUUUCUUGUGGCUUGUUUGGAUUUAUGAAUGGUUUGUGUUCCUUGUGGCUUGUCUGAUGAUUGCUUGUAUGUUUGACUCAGUUAUUAACUCUAGAUUGUGUUUUUUUUUCCCUCCUGUUUGGUGCUUUUUUUCAGUAUUUUUCAGUGAUUUAUUUUUAUAUUUUCGAUGUAAUGUAAACUUACCAUUUCUUUCUUUCUCCUUGCUGUGUUUUUAUUUAUAAAUUCUUUAACACUUUCACGAGAUUUUUUGUCAUAGAUGUAUGCGUAUCAAACAAAUGUCUUAUACAUUUCUUACACUUUUUCUUUUAAAAUAUUCACUCUUCAAAUCCAUUUCAAAACUUACAACUCACAAAACCACAAAACCAUCAAGACACAUACACACACACACAAAAAAAAAAAAAAAGAAAAAAGAAAGAAAAAGAAAAAGAAAAACAACGUCAAUCAAACACAUUCGUCAAAGAAGGUUCACCCAAGCACUGUUGCACUAUAUUUGCUUGUCUGUUGACUGUAGUUACCAGGUUCCCCAUUCUAGUGACAAGGAGGUGAGACAACACACUCACCUCCAUCUGUCUACCUAACUAAUGAUUUAAGACUUUGUUCCACACUCCCCCAAUGGUUGUGUGAUGCCUGUAUUCUAUAUCCAUUAAGUUAAACACUGUAUCUGUAUAUGUAUAGCAAUGCAUCUUUAUAUUUAUGCCUUUUUACCUGUAUUUCUAAAAGCAGGUGAGGAUGGCUUGUUGUGGAAGGUUUGUCAGGUGUCAUAUAAUGGACAGCACCUGUGUUACCUGUGUUGGUCGUGACAGGUGAGAAAUUAAUCAUUGUAGAAAGUUCAGGUGUUCAAAAUGGCACCUUUCUUUUACCUGUAUAUCUGUGGACAGGUGAGGUCAGUUUGUUAUGGAAGACAGCACCUGUGUUACCUGUGUUGGUAGUGACAGGUGAGGUUAAUUGUGUUUUUUUUGGGAGGUUCAGGUGUUGUAUGAUUUAAACAUCACCUGUAUUACCUGUGUUGGUAAUGACAGGUGAGAAAUCAAUUGUUUUUGAAGGUUCAGGUGUUGUGUGAUUCAUUUAGCACCUGUGUUGGUUGCGACAGGUGGGAAAAAAACCCGUCACUCAUCACUUUAUAAACGUUUUUGAAACUUUUGCAUCUUAGUCUGGAAAUAACUUUGAUGUAUACUCAUGGCUUCCACAUCACCUUUAAUAGUUCAUGCAAAUACACCACACAUUAUUACUAUUCCCCGUAUGCAUAUAUAUAUAUAUAUAUAUAUAUAUAUAUAUAUAUAUAUAUAUAUAUAUAUAUAUAUAUAUAUAUAUAUAUAUAUAUAUAUAUAUAUAUUAGUUUGUUACGUUCGCUUCAAGCACCUUUAAGAAUACUUGGCUCUCAACACUAUACAUUAAUACACAGAAGAAGCACAGCAGUUAAUAUACGUACAUACAUAGAUGGAGUGUGUUACGAAAUAGUUGCUUUAAUAAUACUCACAUUCAUUCAAUAGACACAGUGAAGGAAGAAUAAUGAAAUACGUAGAUGAAUAUUACACUGACAAUGCAAUAGAGAGACAAAUGAAGCUUCUCGAAACUAAGGCAUUGUGAAAUAUGAAAUAGAGGUUACAUAUUAAUAUUUCCCUUGCAAUAGACAACUGUGAAACAUUAGAAUGAGAUCCUUGUAUGAAGUGAUAGAAAUGCAAGGAUAUAAUUGAUUCUCGUAAAAAUAUAAGUAAAAUACAGGUCAGUACAGUCGUUUGAUAAUAUAUUAGAUGCAUUUGAAAGAUUUGUAUUGUAGGGUGACUUGUGGAGAACAAUGCAUAAAAAGAGAGAAAGAUUUGCUUGUAAGAAAGUUAAGAUUGAUUAGGAUUAUUUGUAAAAAAGGAAAAAAAAGGGAGUAGGUAUGAAAAAAAUAGUUAUGUUGUUUGUAAAAGGGGAAUAUUGUUAGGAAAUUAUUGAGAUUGAGAUCAAUAUUGCUUGUGAGAAAAUUAAGUACAUUGAUUGCUAGCUAGAAAGGUAAUAUGAGAAACUAAGCUUGUGAGAGAGACAGACACCAGUGAAUGAUUGAAAAAAAUACCAUUUGUUAGGGAAGCACAUGAAGAAACUGAUGUAAUGUUUGAAAAAGAAAGGGAAAUAUUGUCAGGGAAAAGAGAAAAAGGGUAGAAAAAAUUAAGUAGUUUGUAAAGGAAGAAGAGAAAGCACAUAUGAGAAAGAAAUAUGUAAAUAGGUAGUUUGCAAUGAGACUUCCUAAAAGAUAAAAAAAUUUUCUUAUGUCCUUCUAAAUUGCAAUACCAGAUACAAUAACCAUAAAGAAAACAUUGUGAGGAAAAAGAGAGAGAGAGAGAGAGAGAGAGAGAGAGAGAGAGAGAGAGAGAGAGAGAGAGAGAGAGAGAGGAUGCGUGAGAAAGAAAUAUAUACAUAGAUUAUUUGCAGAGAUUUCUCAAAGAUACACCAUUUUCUUUACAUCUUUCCAAAUUGUAACACCAAAUACAACUUAUAAAGAAAACAUUGUGAGAGGAAAAAGGGAAACCACAUGUGAGAAUUUCCUAAAGAUAAGCCUUUUUUAUUUUUUAUUUAUUUUUUAUUUAUUUCCUUACAUCUAUCCAAAUCGUAACACCAAACACAACCUACAAAGACAUUUAGAUUCAAACAAACAUCAUAGGAAUUAGUCACCACCCCCACAAGACAAGACAACACCCUCACGUAGCUUGAUAGGUGCGUUUGGAGAGGAAAUAAGGCCAGUAGGCGAUAUUGAAGACAAGGAACACAAUGGGAAGGAAUAUUGGGGUGUAGGUCUCCAGUCUACCCUCCCAUACCUCAGUCCACUUGGGCCCUGCUGCCUCCUCUGUCUGUAGGGAGGAAAAAAAGGGAUUAGUUAGGGGUCAGAUAGUGUCAGAACUGUUAAAUCUUUGGUCUGUAGGAAGAAAAAAAGGGUAAUUUAGAGGUCAAAUAGGGUUAGACCUGAAGAAAAGGGGUCAUUUAGGGGUCAGAUAGUGUCAAAAUUUAAAUCUUUGGUCUGUAGGGAGGAAAAAAAAGGGUCAUUUAGAGGUCAGAUAGGGUUAGACGUGUCAAAUUCUUGGUCUGUAAUGAGAAAAAGGGUCAUUGGGUUAGAUAGGGUCAGAAAUUAUAAAUCUUUGUUCUUUAGGAAGAAAAAAAAGAUCAUUUUAAGGUCAGAAAGGGUCAGAUAUGUUAAAUUCUUAGUCUGUAGGGAGAAAAAGGUCAUUUAGGGCUUGGAUAGGGUUAGAACUGUUAAAUUCUUGCAGUUAGGGGACAGAUAAGGAAAGAAUGUUUGUAGACCAGCAAUAUACUGAAAAAUAGUAAAGUAAUUAUAGGGAACAGAACAAAAUAAAGUAAAUUAGUCAUACAAUACAGUGAAAGAAAAUUACAAUACCAUUUUUAAUUAUGAGAGAGGAAAAAAAAAAGUAGUUAUUUUCGUAUAAGUAAGCUAGGUUUGAAUUAAAGGUGCAAUAAUGUUAUGCUCCAAGCAGGUGAUAGCUAAGAUAAGGUGAGAUGAGGCUGUGGUAUUCUAAUGGUUAUACUGCAAGUAGAGAGUGGGGGAGUGAGGGAGAUGAGGAGAGACUGUGAGGAGGGAUGGAGGUUGAGAAGUUUAAAAAUAGUGUAUGUUUUCUUUUUUUUUGGUUGAAAUUUAUAGGUAAUGGAGAUUGAGGAAAAUGAAAGGAUAAUGUUGUUUUUUUUUUUUUUUAGGCGAGAUAAAUAAUGAUAGAGGAAAAUGAGAAGAAUAGAAAGAAAAGGUAGAUUGUUUGGGGGGCGUUGAGAUUAGUAAGUAAUGAAGAUGGAGGAAAAUGAAAGGAUAAUGUUGUGGUUUUUUGGUUGAGAUAAAUGGUGAUGAUAGGGGAAAAUGAAAAGAAGGAAAAGCUAAAUGUAAAAUGAAGAAAAGAAAGAGAAGGUAGAUUAAAAAUAAAAAAAAAGAGAAAAGGUAGAUGAAAAUGAUGAAAGAAAGAAAAGAUAGAUGAAAAAUGAAAAAAAAGAAAGAAAAGGUAGAUGAAAAAAAAGAAAAGAAAAAGAUUGUUAUGUUUUUGGUUAAGAUAAAUAAUGAAAAUAGAGGAAAAUGAAAAAAAAUAACGUUCUGUUUUUGGUUGAGAUAAAUAAUGAAAAUAGAUGAAAAGUAAAAAAAAAUAGAUGAAAAUUAAAUAAAAAAAAAAAUAAAAGCUAAAAUAUGAAUAGAAAAAGACAAGAAAAAUAAAUUAAUAGAAAAACGUGAAUAGAAAUAUGAAUAAAAAGGUAAUUAAAGGUGUUUGGUUGGUAAGAAUGACUUGACUUAAUUGUUAUUGGAAAAAGAUGAAUAAAAAAAUAGUUUCGAG